CCGUCACACAGACACAGUUACACUGCUGCAGAUACUUCACUGCUACUGCCAGUUCACUUCCCUCGGGUCUCUGCCGAGAUGUCGACGGUGACCCGUGCCUACCUCGAUCAGAAGCUCGCCGCCGCCCGGCGCUGCUCCAGAGAGGCCGCCGUGGCGGGAGCCAAGGCCGCGGCCGUCGCCACCGUCGCUGCCGCAGUACCUACACUGGCCAGCGUGAGGAUGCUGCCGUGGGCGAGGGCGCACCUGAACCCCACAGGCCAGGCGCUCAUCAUCUCCACCGUCGCUGCGAUGGCCUACUUCAUCGUCGCCGACAAGACCAUCCUCUCCAUGGCCAGGAAGCACUCCUUCGACGACGCGCCAGACCACCUCAAGAACACCUCCUUCCACUAAUUAGCCCACAAUAGAUCCAUUAGUGGCGCGCAAUAAGAUACUCCCUCUGUCCGGAAAUACUUGUCGAAAAAAUGGAUAUAUCUAGUCGUAUUUUAGUUUUAGAUACAUUCAUUUUUACCCGUUUUCGUGACAAGUAUUUUCGGACGGAGGAAGUACUACUAUUACUAGUAGUAUAAUGUUCAACAAUUAUGUGACAUCACGCGAGGCUUGCAGACAGCGAGUGCUGUACUGCGCUGCUCUGCGUGCAGAAGCACUAAUCUCAUGUAUCCGUGUAUCCAGCCAGUAAUCUUGAAUUAAUAAUAACCUGCAUUUGUA